AUGGCGCUAGCUUGUGCCUACAAAAAGACAUGCAAGGAGGUCUGCUGGGUACAUCUUGAUUUUGGCAAGAGAAGAUUUAUCCCCGAUAUUGUUGUGAUACAUGGGUCCAUGCUUGAAGAUUCCUCUAGUGAAAGGAAGAAAUAUUGGCUGGAAGAGUCUUAUGUUCCAUUACAUCUCUUGAAAAUGUUUGAAGAGAAGAGAAUUGCUCGCAAAUCCAAUAAGACAUGUUCUGGAAAACUUCGUGAGAGCAGUAUUGUAACUAAUAAGCCCCUCAAGGAAAAGGGAUUUUCAUAUCUUUUCUCGAGAGCAGAGAGAUUGGAGAAUUAUCAGUGUGGGCACUGUAACAAAAAUGUACUAAUCAGGGAAGCAGUGAGUUGCCAGUACUGCAAAGGCUUUUUCCAUAAAAGACAUGCAAGGAGGUCUGCUGGGUACAUCGUCGCUCAGUGUACAUAUACAUGCCAUAAAUGCCUUGAUGGGAUGUCUGUGAAAAUAGACACUAAGAAGGGGAAGUCUGAGCCACCAAAAGGUAAGAAAGCAUCAAAAUUAUUGAAGCCCUUGGGCUCAAGAAAAGGGAAAAAGGUGGGCAAAGACAAGCAACGAGUGCAAUCACUAAAGAAUAAAAAGGUUCAAUUGGUUGUACCCCUGCGCCGUUCUGCCAGGCAUGCUAAACCUGUCGUAAAGACAUCCUUGCUGAAUACCAAGAUUAAAAAACAGAAGAAACGGAAACAAGCUAAAUCAAAAAAAGAAAGAUUGAAGAAGCAAGACAAACUGAAGAAGCCAAAAAAUAGUUGUUGGCAGAAGAAGAGAACCCAGAUCAGUUAUGGUUACUGGUUGAAUGGCCUUCGAUUGUCAAGAAGGCUAAACGAUGAAAGGGUGAUGCUUUUUAGAAGUAAAUUGCUUCUUGUCCUUUCUGGAGAGUCGCCUUCCGUCGCAUGUACUCCGAAAUGCAGUCUCUGUGGUGAACUAGAAUUCAAAUCUCAUCUUAAUUAUGUCUCUUGUGAAAUUUGUGGAGAUUGGUUUCAUGGAGAUGCUUUUGAUCUCAAAGCUGUUAAAGUUGAAAAGCUCAUCGGGUUUAAGUGCCAUAAGUGUCUCAAUAGGAGCUCUCCAGUUUGCCCCCAUGUUUGUGCUACUGAAAGCAGCAAACCUGCCCUUUUCCCAGAAAUUAAUGCAGGGCCUGACUGCACCGGGAAAGAGUCUACUGGUCUAUCCCCCUUGGACGAAACAUUUGCAGAUCAGAAACUUCAAUCAAAUGAAAAAUCUAAUGAUCUGUUUUUGAUUGAUGAUGAUCACGAGAAGUAUUCAUCAGUGUCAAUUCUACAUUCAAACCAGAUUCAGGCAAGUGAACAAAAAAUAGGACUUUCAACUAUUACUUCAGAGGGGAAAACAGCAGGUGUUAACUUCGGCGAGGAAGGAAGGCCCACUGAUGAAUUGGUACCAACAGAAGACCUUGCUGGAAGCUGACCAUGGGAAGAAGCCAAGUUUGCAUCAUUGAUGCAUGACCAUUUGAAGAAUGGUUUGAUAAACAACAGUACCCUUCUGUAAUCUGUAGUCAGUAGAACUCUUUCCGACUUAUCCUAGUUGUCCCCAUAAACAAU